AUGCCAAAGGACUUUAUCAGCGUGGUACAGGACCUCGAGGACCUCCUGUGCCACCACAUCACCACCUCGACCCCAGCAGAUUUCAUAGAGGAGCUCGCCGAUAUCCUUAAAACGGUGUUGAGCAUGGAUCGCAACACUCACUGGAGCAUCCAAUCAUUCCUCUUCGAUUUCCGAGAACAAUACUUUCGCCAAAGUAUGUCCUCCCUCUCCCUCUCCCUCUCUCGCUUCAUGAUUGUCCAAUGCAAACCUCUAACCAAAGCAACUCAUUCCUCCAUCACAGAGCUCACAAACGAACAACCCGGCCCUGUCCGUCCUCACAACGACAUCUGGCCUCGCCUCAACCGCUCCGCCGUCGAGCCCCUAAGCAACAUGCCCAUGACCCACGACGUCGGCCCCGACCUCUGGGCCUUCGCUGUGCGCUACGCUGACCAGGUCUACAACGUCCUGCGUCUCCAGGCCAAGAUGCUGUACAAGCCCUUUAUCGAAGUGCUCACCGAAAACGGCUUCAUCAAGGGCCUUGCCGACACUGAAGACUUAGUCAUGCAGGACAAUGCAACUGAUGGCAGCGACCACAUUCUGGACCGCCAGGAAUACGACGUAAGCCUCCAUUCGAGACUGAUGUUUCUAGAAGACCGCGUCAUGAUCCUUGAAAAGAGGGAGGAGCUCUUAGACGGCCAACUUGACCGAGCCACUCAAGCGAUGGGAGCUCUGCGUUCUACAAACCUGGACUUGGCCAGAAAGGUGUCAGAAGUGCAGCAACGAAACCAUGACCUACGCAGAACUUAUGCUGUGUAA